GGCUGCUGGUGCUGGUGGUACAACUUUUUCUGCAACUACUGGCUCUUCCAGUGGCACAACCAGCACGCGCACCACUUUUGCGGAGAAGAAACCUAGUCUCGCGAUCGCUGCGGAUCAUCUUCACGAAGAAAAAUUAGUCGCUGCAAUAGCCACCUCGACAACAAAUUAUACCGCUGCGAUUACAGGAUCAGGAACAGGAACAGGACCACCAACUACUUCUACGGCGAAACUAGUCAACGAGGAGCAGGUGAGAGAGAUCGUGGCUGAAAUGAACCUCGCUACGGAGAAUCAGCUCCAGGACGUGAAAAACCAAGUGAAAAAAGAAGUUGAAGAAACCAUGACAGAUUUUCAAGAACACCUGGCGCUGAUGAAGCUCGGGUUGAAGCGCAUGGACCAGAUUUCUGCGAACUCCGGAGCGGUCGUUGGCUUACAACUUCCUACGAAGAUGAAACCCGGCAUGAAACCUGAACCAGGUGGAGAAGUGCACACUGACGCGGAAAGUGUCAUCUCCCACGGCAGCCUCGCGAGCGGCCAGAUCAACUCCGAUCACGAAGCGGCGAGGCCGUUGCCGAAAACGUCUACUAGUACUGCAGCUCGGAAGAAACUAAACACUCAGAACCACGUGGACCUCAACAGUGCUACCAACUUCCUCGGCGUCGCCGGAGACAUGAUGAAAACGAACGCCAGUCCACCACUUCCUGUUAGAGCUGCUGACGCUGGGGACCACAACAUCAACGACACUGCUGCAGUUCAUCUUGAAGCUGGUGCUGGCGACGCACACGUAGAUCAGCUGAACAAAAGAAUUUCCUUUGUCUCGGAUGACCACGCGAUGCAGAUCCAGGCGUUAAAAGCGGACUUGAAACUGCUGCAAGUCGAGAACAAAGAAUUCCAAAAGCACGUCGAAGAGAACUUUUCCCAGUACGAAACCGCGACUUUAGAAAAUUUGGAACAAAAGAUGAAAACGAUGAAGCAAGAUUUGAUAUCAAAUGGAAAAAUGUCUGGCUCUGGAAGAAUACAAGUUUGUCAUGCUUGGCCGGUAAUACAGAAAAGUCUGUGAUGCUUGUUGCGCUACAACGCCACUUGUUUGUCAUGCAAAGAGGCCAUUUGUCAUGCGCUUAGCGAUAGACAUAGCCGCUCAGAAACUUGCCAUGCGCAGCUCCGCAGCACAGUUUGCGUAUCAUUCGGACAUUAGCAUGACAACUUUCCAGCCGUCCCACCAGACAUAUUUGCCGUGCAUACUUGAACGGAGAGCACAACUUCAUUCUGUCCACCUUCAAGCAGCACGUGGAGAAGGACAUUCUCGCGAUAACGGAACAAUUAACCGCGAUUCUGCACGACUCGGCGGGGACGUCGUCGGCGCACGCCGGUUCAGGAGCUGGACAUCAACUGGAGGUGAUUGACAUCGAUCCGAAGCACCACGGGCACAUGUUGUUCCAGAGCUCUUCUGCAAUGACCACGCAAACACCUACGAAACGGCUGAAGGAAUUAUCCACCGCGAUAGCCGCAAUGAAAACCGCGAGUUUGGUGACGACGGACACGACGACGGGGGAUUCGCUUUACACCAGAACCGCUUCCAGUUCAACUGCGGGGAAGUCCAACCAAAUUAAUCUGUUCGGGAUGAACAACAAUCAGCAACAGCAAGCAGCUAUCAAGUGCAAAAGUGUCUGGGUCUGGAAGAAUGUAACUUGUGAUGCCGCGUUUGGAAUCCAAAAAAAUCUGUAUUGCAUGAGCAGCAAAGUGAAGGCAGCAUUUGCUUCGCGGAGAGGGUAUUUGUCACGCGCAAUAGGCAUCAAGAAGGCUUCAAAAAAUCUGUGAUGCUAGGGCAUGCAUCACAGACAUCAUGGCUCAUGCAAAAUGUGCAUGACAAACUCCCCAAGCCUUCCAGACCCAGACAUUUUUGCAUUUGAUAGCAGCCAAGGACGUUGAACUGGCUUCUAUCCUCCAGAAGUACGGCACGCCCAAUGCAGUUUCGUCACUUUCCGGAGGCUAUGCGCUGCAAACAUGUCUGGGUCUGGAAACCUGUGAUGCAAGUCAGGGAAUAUGAUGUGAGCACACUGUAAUGCGCUGUCAAGCACGAGAGGUUUUUGCGUGGUUCUGAGUUGCGUACUCCGCAUUAGAAACUGCGUUUUAUUUUCAUGACGGACAAGAGAAGCUCUUUGCGGCCACGACGCAAUAGAGAGCGCAGAGUCAACAUGCCAGUCUAGCAUGCCAGACCAUGUAAAGAAUCUUCGUAGUACCAGACCCCGAUCAUAUAUUUGCAAUGCAUAGAGGUAAUGCAUCGACGCCUCUCACACCGACCCCGACGAAGAUUUUCUUUUCCCUGGAACAGGAGCAACGGGUAAUUGACCUCUGCGCAGAAUCCACCCGUUCAGUGCGGGAACACCUCCAGAAACUCCUCGAUUCCGCGAAGGAAGGCUCGGAAAAAAGGUUAAGACAAGCGUUGGAAAAUUGCGAACAACUAACAACCGGAUUGGAGAAGAAGAUCGAGCAGCAACUGUUCCCCGAAUUUCGGCAAGUCUUGCUGCAAAAAGAGCUCGGCCGGGACAGACUCCGGUCCUGGUUCUGCGAUAUGAACUGCAAAAGUAUCGUACUCGUAUAAAUGCAUUACAAAUUUUCUCAGCGUGAGAAAUAAAAUGUGUAAUGCUGAUUUGCCUUGGCAAAGAAAUUUGUAAUGCAAGACCUGCAUUUAUACGAGUACGAUACUUUUGCACAGCAUAUGCGAGUGUCUAGCGGAGGAAGCACAGGCGAUCAGACAGGAGCAGGCCAUAUGCAUUGCAAAUAUGUCUGGGUCUGGAAGGAUGCAGGGUUUGUCAUGCUUGUCUGGCAUGACUGAAAAAUUUGUAAUGCGUGCUCAAGAUGAAGAGACCCUCUUGCCUGUCAUGUAAAACGCAAUCCGUCAUGCGGAAAGCGCAAUACUAAGCCGCGCAAAUAUUUCUCAUGCUUGGCAGUGCAUUACAAAGAAUUCACUGUUCUCAACUCAGCAUCACAAGUUCAAGCUUCCAGACCCAGACAUAUUUGCAUUUGAUAGGCCAGGGAAAUGGACCGGAAGGAAAAAUCCGGCGGGUUGUUUGGGUUUGAUGAGGAAAAGGAGCAGUUUGCUUUGGUCCCGGGGGUAGACUUGAUUGACGACCAGUUACGGAGAUCUCUACUCGCGUUGAUCGAGCCUUCCGCGACGAAGGCGGUGAGUACUUUGCAGCGGAAUUUGUUGGAAAAUCUCCAAAGUUCCUUCGAAAAGAUCAAGGACCGGGAGUUGCCGAUCACGAUUGAAACCGCAGUUCGUAAGCAGGUCGAAGAACAACAAUUCGAGGAAAAAAUCCGGAAGUAUCCAAGAAAAAAACUGUGUUAGUGUGACUUUCUUGGAGGAAUUGCAUCACAAGCUCGCUCUGCAUGACAGAGAGAGCCUGUAAUUCGCCGCUAGUACGUGAAAACAUGUACGAAAAGAGCCUCUGAUGAAUGUCGAGCAUGACAGGUGUAAUUGUCUUGCAUCGACUGCAACACAAAGUUACACUUACACAGUUUUUUUCUUGGAUAGGAAGUACGCGGAAAACAUCAGCCGGAACCAGUCGGAGAUGGUCAAGGGUUUGAUAACGCAACAGAGGGAGCAGCUGCUAGAAAAAUUGGAACGCGGACUGGAUCGGUGCGAAAAGCGGUUUGAUCAGCAGUUCUCCUCUGUCAAGCUGCAGGAUCUGGUGGAGGACAAGUGCCAUUUAUUCAUGGCGAAACAAAAGGAGAUGGGUCCUCGUGGGGAGCUGUUGAACAACAACAGCGCAAAUGUUCUUGCAGGCGUGACGAAUUCAGCAGCACAGCAGGAAAUGAACUCUCUGUUUGCUGCACACGACCACACUGGACGAGAAGUAGAUGCUUUUAACUCCGCGUCAGCUGCGACUGCAUCGCCCUUCUCGACAGCCGCCGCCAUGGAAAAAUUCGCCCAGACGCUCUCCGCACUCCAGCAAAGCGUCGAAGACGUGAAGGAUCACGUGGAUCACGACGUCGUUAGAAGAUUGGACACGAUGGAAAGAAAUCGAAGUUCAGUUAAGAACGUUUUUGACGAGCCUCGGGGCGGGCGGUCAUUGGAGGUCGCGUUGUCCAAGAUUCUGUUCAUGAACCAAGUUGGCGGGGGCCAACAGGUGGACUACUACACAGGAGCAACCGGUACAAUAAAUCCGCGCGUGUCAGGAACUUCAUCUGGAGCACCAAUACCUGCAGCCGCAUCUUCUUCGUCCUGCCACCCUUUGCUCCUCCAAGUGAUCCAGAAGGAAACUUUGAAGGCGAUUGAGCAGCAAGAGCAGCAGAAGAAAAUGUUCGAGCAAUUCAAUUUUUCAUCGGGUAUGACGUAUGACGACCGGCUUCAACCAAUCGCCGCGGAGCACGGAGACAACGAAUUUAGUACCAGCCUCUUUACUAGUUCAUCUUCGCCACAAACGACCGGAAUUGGACAAACACGUCGUACAGCAAGACCAUCCUUGCAAGCACAGAACAAACAACUCGAACGGGAUCUCGGAAAAUUAGAAGUGAAACUCCGCGACAGCACGAAUCAGGCAGUCGAAAACGCCCUGAAGCUCGCGCAAGACGACUACCACGUGGCCGCGGAGACGGAGCGGGCACGGAGCUCCAUGGAGAUGGCGAGCCAGAUUGAGUUGGCGAAGCAAGAGAUUUUAGCAAAUGUGCAACGAAUGCUACUGGUCGAGGUGAAGCACACGGUGUCGUCGAUUUUCACGGGGGGUGAUGAAGCAGGGAGAGAAAUGAUGGCGGAUUUUGUCAUGGGGCAUUUGGACGAAUUGAAAUCGGAAAUCGGGGGAAUGAUGGACGAGUAUGAUUCAACCGUCAUGCAACCGAAGUUACAGGAAAUGGAGAAAAAGAUCGAAUUAUUGGAAUUAGCAAAUAAUGCCGCUGCUAGAGGAGGAUCAACAUCAGCUGCAGAUUUAGUACCCAAAAUGAAUCCCUUUGCUGCACUCCCAACGUCCGGAGCUGGCGUUGCUUAUCCUGUGCAAAAGUAACGUACUCGUAGUAAUCGCAAUGAUGCAUUACAAGUCUUUUUCUUAAGGUAAAUCCGCAUCACAAAUUUUAUUUCUCAUGCUGAGGAAAUUUGUAAUGCAUUUGUACGAGUGCGAUACUUUUGCACUGCAUAUUUCUCGGACGUCGACGAUUCUGCGGGCUUUGGAUCAGGCGGUCGCUGUGCCGAAGCAAGAGUACGGCGGCGCGUCUGGUGCGUUGCAGGAGCUGCAGCCGGUCGUGGCAUCUGCUAUUACGUUUGGCGGUCCUCUGGCGAGCGGUAAAAGUGUGGUCAACGUCCUCGCACUGGGAGCUGCAGCUGCGGUUGAGACUAGUAAAACGCAGUCCUGGCGGGAAAAGAAGCAAGCCAUGCUGCGUCAGAAAGUUGAAGCGAACUAGAACUGAAGCAAAAAGAAAUAUACUAACUUAAAUUGAACUCUGAGCUCGUUUGACUAACGUGGUGUAUCAAACAAGUGCGAGUGGUGCGACGCAUUCUCGCUACAAGAAACCCCGCCCCAAGGUUUACGGAACUUGCG